AAAUCGCGAUGAAUGAUAAAUUCGCUGUUUUUUGGCACACAGCAUAUGCUGAUUUUUACGUACGAUAAUCAUUAGCGGAGUUUCGAUUCGGAGUUUAGGAUCAGAAAGGGAGUGUCUCUCUCAGAGAGAUCUCUCUGCUUUCCAAACUCGGAUUUUUGCAGAUCUCUCUCUCUCUCUCUCUUCGCGUUUCCGAUUCCUCGCGUCUGUGUCAGCCAUGGGUCUCUGGGAAGCUUUUCUGAAUUGGCUAAGAAGCCUCUUUUUCAAGCAGGAAAUGGAGCUUUCUUUGAUAGGGCUGCAGAAUGCAGGAAAAACUUCUCUUGUAAAUGUUAUUGCUACUGGUGGAUAUAGUGAAGACAUGAUACCAACGGUGGGAUUUAAUAUGCGAAAGGUGACUAAAGGCAAUGUCACCAUAAAGUUGUGGGAUCUUGGAGGUCAACCAAGAUUCCGUAGUAUGUGGGAGAGAUACUGUCGUGCAGUUUCUGCUAUAGUUUAUGUUGUGGACGCUGCUGAUGGUGAUAACUUCAGCAUUUCAAAGAGCGAACUCCAUGACCUUCUGAGCAAGCAAUCAUUGAGCGGAAUCCCAUUGCUCGUAUUGGGCAACAAGAUUGACAAACCUGGUGCCUUAUCCAAGCAAGCUUUGACUGAUCAGAUGGGACUGAAAUCAAUAACUGACCGAGAGGUUUGCUGCUUCAUGAUCUCUUGCAAGAACUCUACCAAUAUCGACUCUGUUAUCGAUUGGCUGGUUAAACACUCCAAGUCCAAGAGUUGAAGAUGAGUUUCAACCACUUCUAAUUGCACCUUACAUUCAUGAGAGAUGGGCUGGUUGUUGUGCUCUGGUUUCUUUCCAGUUAUGUCGCAAUGUAUAUUAAAUUAUUUCGUUAAUUCAGAGAGUUAACUAUUUUUCUAUUUAUGAGUGUAUUUCUACCUGUUUUGAAUACUAGUUUUCUAAAUGAAAGAAUGUUCUGUUCUACUACCA